AUGCAGCUGAAUAAUAAUGUGACUGAGUUCAUUCUGCUUGGAUUGACCCAGGAUCCUGUUAGGAAGAAAAUAGUGUUUGCCACUUUCUUGCUUUUUUAUUUGGGGACGUUGCUGGGGAACUUUCUGAUUAUUACUACUAUCAAGACCAGCCGGACCCUUGAGAGUCCAAUGUACUUCUUCCUUUUCCAUUUGUCCUUAUCUGAUACCUGCUUCUCUACCUCCGUAGCCCCUAGAAUGAUUGUGGACGCCCUUUUGAAGAACACUACUAUCUCUUUCAAUGAGUGCAUAGUCCAAGUCUUUUCAUUCCAUUUCUUUGGCUGCCUGAUCCUCAUGGCCCUUGACCGCUAUGUGGCUAUCUGUAAGCCCCUGCACUACAUGACCAUCAUGAGUCACAUCUGUGGCGUGUUGGUGGCUGUGGCCUGGGUGGGGUCCUGUGUGCAUUCUUUAGCUCAGGUUUUUCUGGCCUUGAGUUUACCUUUCUGUGGCCCCAAUGUAAUUGAUCACUAUUUUUGUGACUUGCAGCCCUUGUUGCAACUUGCUUGUGCGGACACCUAUGUGAUUAAUCUUCUCUUGGUGUCCAACAGUGGGACCAUUUGUACAGUGAGUUUUGUCAUGUUGAUGUUCUCCUAUGUGGUCAUCUUGCGUUCUCUGAGAAACCACAGUGCUGAAGGGAGGAGAAAAGCCCUCUCCACCUGCGUCUCCCACAUCAUCGUGGUCAUCUUGUUCUUUGGUCCCUGCAUUUUUAUAUACACCCGCCCUGCGACCACUUACCCCCUGGAUAAGAUGAUAGCUGUGUUUUAUACACUUGGAACACCUUUGCUCAACCCUUUGAUAUAUACACUGAGGAAUGCAGAGGUGAAAAAUGCCAUGAGAAAGUUCUGGAGCAAGAAGCUCGUCUCAGAUGACAAAUGA